AUGCCAUCGAGACAUUCCUUCGUAGCAGGUCCAGCCUUGCCGUCUCUGUUCGAGAUCAUCAAACUCGAGCCAGAGAAAGAGCCAUGGUGUGCCGGCUACGCUCCCUCACAGGGCCGUCGCUGCCACGCCCGCACAAACGCAUGCGGUCGCAGUUCAGCAAUGGCGCUUCUUCACCAGGGCACCAAAGACCUUCGGGCCGGUCGCUGCAUCGACGAACUGCUGGAAGAUUUGGCCCCUCAUGUUCUAUGCACACGAUUCCAUCAAAGUCAAGCUUCUGGCUUGGCAAGACGCUGGCAAAGAAAAGUUCGCUCGUUCCUCGAUACGCCAGCCUCUUCGAUAAGAGCUGAACGGCAGACCAGUCGAUCAUCCAGAAGUCCCUAUCCGGGAACUACUCACGGCAAUAUGGAGGAGCGUACUGCGCUUCUCUACAGAAGGCUUCGUGACACCAUGGAAGAGCUCAGACACCUCGAGGCGGCUCUGGAUGAGCCAACAUUUAAUGCAAGCCCUGCCGGCGAUCGUGAUGCUAGGCACACAAGCGCGGAUGUUGCUUCAAUUAGUGUUCGCGGCUCACAUACCAGAAAUGUUCAUUCUGCCAUCAUCAGUAAUAGCUCAGUGACAAGACAGACGACAGAAUCAGUCAAUCGGCCAGCGAACACGACACCUCGGCCAGUACAACUCCACGUUGACCGCCAGGGGAGUUUGCUUCCUCCGUCAAGUGCAAGGCCAGCGACCGUAUCAAAUGUGGCUUGGAUCUCCGAUGAAGACACGAGUCGAUACGAUCCUGCUGCAGCUCGACAGGCCCCUGUUCGAGCCUCUCGUUCUGUUGCUGUCAUUCGUCGGGAAGUUGCGGGAGAGUGUGGAAUUUGCCUGUGUGAUUUGAAGACUUUACAAGGGGAAAACAAUGAGGAUGAAGAUGAGGACACAGAGGAUGAAUGCGAUGAAAUGGUUGAAACGGCAGGUGAAGAGACAGAGCUGGAUUGGUGCAAGGCACGAUGUGGAGUCAACUUCCACAAACAUUGCAUCGACCAGUGGCUGGAAGCAGCUCAUGCUGCCACAUGUCCAGCAUGCAGGAGUAACUGGACAGGGUGA